AAUCUGCUUCUUCCGAUGGAAAGGUCCGGUCAGGCAGGCGCGAAGAAUCUUCCAUCGUUUCUGGCCGGGCGCCGGUUUUCUUGGGAAAGGGAACCCGAACCUUGCUGAGAACAUGAAUGACUGGAUGCCCAUCGCCAAGGAGUAUGACCCACUCAAAGCUGGCAGCAUCGAUGGCACCGAUGAAGACCCCCACGAUCGCGCCGUCUGGAGGGCAAUGUUGGCUCGAUACGCCCCCAACAAAGGCGUCACGGGAGAUCCCCUCCUCACCCUGUUUGUGGCAAGACUGAAUUUGCAGACCAAAGAGGAGAAGUUAAAGGAAGUCUUUUCCCGCUACGGGGACAUCCGGAGGCUUCGGCUGGUGAGGGACUUGGUCACGGGCUUUUCCAAGGGCUACGCCUUCAUCGAAUACAAAGAGGAGCGUUCCCUGCUCAAAGCUUACCGAGAUGCCGACGGCCUGGUCAUCGACCAGCAUGAGAUUUUUGUGGACUAUGAACUGGAAAGGACUCUGAAAGGGUGGAUCCCUCGGCGACUUGGAGGAGGGCUGGGGGGGAAAAAGGAAUCUGGGCAGCUAAGGUUUGGAGGGCGGGAUCGGCCUUUUCGAAAACCCAUUAAUUUGCCAGUUGUUAAAAACGACCAGUAUAGAGAGGGAAGAAGGGAAAAGAGGGACCAAUCUCGAUCCCGAGAAGGACACUGGGAGUCGAGGACCAGGGAUCGAGACCAUGACCGUGGGCGGGAGAAGAGGUGGCAGGAAAGAGAGCCACCCAGGGUGUGGCCUGAGAGUGACUGGGAUAGAGAGAGGGACUUCAGAGAUGACAGGGUCAAGGGGAGGGAGAAGAAGGACAGAAGCAAGUAGAGGCUCACCACCAGCAGCAGAGCCCACAGGAAGAUACAGCGUUUCUAUACAAAGGACAAGUUCAAGGCCGAAUAAAACUGUCUGAUGAUAAUGCAGUUUGGUGUAAGUUUUCUUUCCAAUCUGGAACCCAGGUUCAGGCUGAAGGUGCUGAUAUUCUGAACUGCUCUUCUUCGUCUUAUAGUUCUAGGGACUUGUUAUUUAAUAAGCUUGAGAAACAGUUUUGUCCUUGCCGGCGUCCUGUAUGGAAGGGCAUGUGUCAGGAGCCACCGUUCUCAUCCAAUUCGGCAGUAGAGAAAUUGAUUUUCUCCCGACUAUUGGAAAUGACCGCUUUGAGGGCUUGACAAAGAUGUGAUGCCCAAUGAUUUUUGACUCCUGGGAACCAGAAUCUGGUCAAAUAGAUGAUAUCUUUUCCAUGUUUAUGUCCAUAGUGCAAGGGUUUGAUGAAUUGAAAUAGAAAUGGGGUGGAAAAGUGAAUCCACGGAAGACGGCCAGAGACUUAAUACUAAAGCCAGUCUGAACAGUGACCUGGGUCAGCAACCAGCUACUUGUGAACAAAUGUGACUCCAUUCCUGAGCCAAACGCUGACUGCUUUUUCUUUUUUGGGGUGGGAGGCUGGCAUUUAAAGUGAAAAGCCAAAGUUGCAGGGCUCUGGCGCUAUGGUAUGGCAAUCUUCCAGCCCUUUGAAAAGACAAAGAAUGUGAGUGAAAUGAAAAUGACAGGAAAUCAAUGAAAGGUUUGUAUCUAGUUUUGAUGAAUUGAUGGGUCUUUUCCUUCUCGAUCA